AUGCGGUCCACGCCUCUCCGCUUCGUCGCCCUCGCGAUCCUACUCGCCUUCUCCCUCCUCCUCACCGGCGAAUUCGAAAUGCAACGACGGUUCGACCCGCAACGGCCAUUCCGCGCGCAGCGGCUCCUCUUCCUCUUACAUCCCACGCACCGCAUGCACACUGCAGCGGACGGCGACGCGAGCCGUGCGACGAACGACGCGACAAGCCGCAGUAACCCGCACCAGGGCGACGAAUCCGAGCAAGAGACGGAGGAUCCGACUCCCGCGGUCGCCGCGCCGCCGCUUUCCGCGGAGGAUUUUAAAACCCUAGAGAGCCUAAUAGAGCAACCUGUGGAGGAGGAGGAUGGGCAGGAGAACGAGGAGGAGGGGGAGAAAGGAGGGGAGGAGGAGGAAGGGGAGGAUCAGGAGAAGGAAAAGGGGAAGGUGGGUUGGGGGUGGGUGGGGAGACUGGUGGGGUUCGGGAGCCAAUUGGCGAAUGCCAUGUGGGAGAGAGUUGGGGGGGUUGUGAGAGGCGGGGUGGAGGUGUGGGAGAAGCGGGAGAAGGCGGCGAGGAGUAGGAAGGAGUGGCGGAGAGUGGUUGAGAGCGAUAGGAGGAAGAGGAUGGAGGCGAGGAGGAGAGGUGCAGCAGUAGCAGGAGUGGACGACUGUUUAAACGAGCUGCAGCGUGUGACUGAAAUGGACGGACUCCGACCCGACGCGCUGCUUCCCAGAAACUUCUCCGUGCACCUGCUGACGCUGGACCCCUCGCGGCGCCGCACGGGGCUGCCUUUGAGGCUGCACGAGUGGCAAGCUGAGAGCGUGUUUGUCAUCGGGACGGGGGAGCCGGGCAAGGGACGACGAGAGACGCUGCUGGUAUGGCACUCAAGCCGUGCGCCUAUCUCCUCUUCAUUCCUUCUGUUUCCCACUCUACUCGUUUCCCCCUCUCUCUUUCCCCCACCACCUCUGCUCAUCUCCUCUGCCUCCCCACCUCUGUCUGUCCCCCACCUGUCACCUGUGCCCGUUACACCCCACCUGUGCCCCACAUGUGCUCUCUGGCAGAAUCUGGACCGUCGGUUCCGAGCAGCAGGGCUGCAGUACACGCAGGUUGUGAUGCCCAUGGCGCUGGAAGAGCCGUUUAAAGCCCGGUACGACCCAGUGUUCCCUGCACGCUCGCUCGCCCUCCGCUCCACCUUCCACCCCCACGACCUCGCAUACGCGUUCGCGCAUUUCGAGGUGUGGGCGAGGGUGGUGGUGCUGCGGCUGCCGUACGCAUUGGUGUUUGAGGACGAUGCACGGAACGAGGUGGACUCGAAUGCAGCCUGGAAGCAGAGGAUGGAAGGGCUAUUACGCCAGCUCAACCUGCUGAUAAUCCAGAACGGAAAUCGAUUCUUCUUUGACGUGCUGCUGCUGGCUCGCUCUGCCCUCGCGCCCUACUCGGAGCAGCAGCUCACAGCCAACAUUCUCAAGGCGCAACCCAGCAUGGGGUCACAUGCGUACCUCAUUACCUAUGCUGGGGCCAAGAAGAUGCUUGCUCGCAUGCGGCUUAACGUGCCGAUAUCAGAGGCGUUUUUCACCGUCCCACACGCGCACAUCCUAGCAGCAGACCCGCCUCUCUUCAACUCCCAGAUGUUCAUGUGCCGCCCCAAGCCCUGCCGCGUGCCGCCCCUCGACCUCCACUCCUCCUCCCGCCUCUCCUCCGCCUGCCGGGAAACCCUCUUCCUCAGCUUCCCCGGGCACCCCCGAAUCAGGGGGAAUAUUGUGAGGAAGGAUUGGGUCCCAGGGUUGAGGCCACCUGCAACGGUGCGUGUACUGAUGCGAUCCAUGCCGCCCAAACUGGCCAUGUGGCCGACAUUCGUGAUCGGAUUGGCCGAAGACGCCGACCGAUUCGUCUCAUUAGAACCGGUGCUACAGCAGCAGGGAUUCGGAGAGAUAGUCAAGGCAAACGGCAUUUCAGUCUCCAACACGGAUUACCAGGUGGUGACUCACCUGGUGGACAAGGAGCAUCGGGCGCGCACCCGAACCACGCCGUGGUGGCAGGAGAAGCAGGCCCGGCCGACCCUGAGCAAGGGCGAGGUGGGGUGCGCACUCUCGCACUACUUCGUCUGGCUGGAAGUCGUGCGAAGGCAGCUCCCAUACGCCAUCAUAUUCGAAGACGACGUGCGGUUCUUAACACAUUCCUUCAAAGAGGUGUUUGAGCGAGACGUGGCGGAAGCAAACGAGGUGAUUACACGGGAGAUCAACCCGUUCCGGCCGGAUAUAGUCUUUCUCGGGAAAUCCGGCAUCAUGACUUCGUUCUACUACCCGAAGCUGUCGCAACACGUGGUGGUUUCCCCGCUCGUGUGGUGCUCGUUCGCGUAUAUAGUGUCGCUGGAGGGCGCUCGGAAGCUGGUGGAGAGGUUUUUUGUGAACGAUCCGGUGGACUCGUACUGGUGGCAGGUGCCUGGGAUGCAGUUCUGGGCGUUUGAGCCGUCGCUGGCGGACCAUCUGACGGUGAAGAGGAAGAAGAGAGGCAAGGGCGUGCAGUUCGUGAGCAGAGUGCAGGGGACUGACAGCGAGUGGUAG